AUGCUGCUGGAGCUAGCCGAAGAUGCUAAGCUGGCAGAAGAGUUGAUAGAAGCACUAGAGCUGGCAGGGACAGAAGAGCUAGAGGUCGAUGUACUGAUGCCGGUGGAACUGGCAGAAGAGGGGCUAGCAGAGGUAGAGCUGGUAGAAGCAGAUAAGGAGCUCGAAGAGGAGCUAGCUAAAGGUGUCGAGCUGGCAGAAGAGGAGCUAACAGAUAAGGAGCUAGCUGACGAGGAGCUAGCUGACGAGGAGCUAGCUAACGAAGAGAUUAUAGAGCUGGAGCUAGCAGAUGCUGAGGUAGAUAAGGAGCUAACAGAGCUGGAGCUGGGAGAGGCAGAUAAGGAGCUGGGAGAGGCAGAUAAGGAGCUGGGAGAGGCAGAUGAGGAGCUAGCUGAAGGUGUCGAGCUGGCAGAAGAGGAGCUAACAGAUGAGGAGCUAGCUGACGAGGAGCUAGCCGACGAGGAGCUAGUCGACGAAGAGAUUAUAGAGCUGGAGCUAGUAGAUGCCGAGGCAGAUGAGGAGCUAAUAGAGCUGGAGCUGGGAGAGGCAGAUGAGGGGCUAGCUGAAGGUGUUGAGCUGGCAGAAGUGGAGCUAAUAGAUAAGGAGCUAGCCGACGAGGAGCUGGCAGACGAAGAGCUAAUAGUGCUGGAGCUAGCAGAUGCCGAUGCUGAUGAGGAACCAGCAAAGCUGGAACUAGCAGAGCUGGAGCUAGUAGACGCAGAUACUGAAGAGGAGGUGACAGAGCUGGAACUGGCAGAGCUAGAGCUGAUAGAGCUAGAGAUAGCAGAUUCAGACGAGGAGCUGACAGAGCUGGAGCUGGGAGAGGAAGAUGAUGAGCUGGUAGAGACCGAUGAAGAUGAGGCCCAGGAGAAUGAAGGGUGUUAA